AUGUCAGAACUACUACUUUCACAACCCCUCCAGCUGAAAUGCGGUCUCACGCUCCCCAACCGUCUCAUCAAAGCCGCCCUGGCUGAGGAAAUGGCAGACGGUCAAAAUCUUCCCACGACAGCACAGAUGGAACGCACAUACGGUGCUUGGGCGGAAGGAGGUUGGGGAAUGGUCAUGACAGGGAACGUUCAAGUCGACAACAAGUAUCUCGGUGGUUUCGGCGACUGCUCCAUCAGCGCCGAUCUCCCUGAAGAAAAGGUCCUGAAAGCCUACAAGCAUUUUGUGGGGAUUUGUCGUCGAAAGGGGACUCCUACAAUCAUGCAGAUCAACCAUCCCGGACGCCAAUCUCCUCUUGGAGCAGGAAAGAAAGCAUUCAUGGAUAAAAACAUUGCUCCUAGCGCUGUUCCGAUGAAGAUGGGCGAUGAUAUCAUUUCAAAGGUUAUCUCAUGUGUUGUUUUCGGUACACCGAAGGAAAUGUCCGUCGCAGAAAUCGAAGACGUCGUUCAGCGCUUUGCCAAAACGGCUAGGAUCGCAUCAGAGGCUGGUUUUGACGGUGUUGAGAUUCAUGCCGCGCAUGGAUAUCUUCUGUCUCAGUUCUUGUCGGAAAAGACUAACAAGAGAACCGACGAGUACGGAGGAUCACCAGCAAAAAGGGCGAAGAUCGUCGUUGAUAUCGCCAAAGCCAUUCGUGCCGCGACACCAGCGAGUUUCUGCGUUGGUUUGAAGUUUAACUCUGCGGAUCAUCAGUCGCCGAAGGAACUUGAGGAGUGUCUGGAACAGAUGGCGCUUAUUUCGGAGGUUGGAUUGGACUUUUUGGAAGUCAGCGGUGGCAGCUACGAGGAUCCGACUAUGUUCACAGGAACAGGCGAAAAGAAAUCCGCCAGCACAGCAGCACGAGAAUCCUUCUUCCUCGAAUUCGCCCGCGAGAUGCGCGCCAAAGUUCCCAACAUCCCCUUGAUGGUAACAGGAGGAUUCCGUACUCGCGCAGGCAUGGAAGCUGCUCUGAGUGAAGGCGCUUGUGAUCUCAUCGGUCUUGGAAGACCUUCCAUCAUCAACCCCUUCUUGCCAGCGAAUAUUAUCCUGAACAAGGAAGUCAAGGAUGAUGAUGCUAGGCUUUUCGCAAAGAGGAUUCAGACGCCUUGGAUUUUGAAGAAAUUUGGGCCCAAGAGUAUUGGAUCUGGUGCUGAGAUUGUUUGGUAUAGGAAGCAGUUGCAGGCGAUUGGGAGGUGA